AUGCGCUGCACUGAGGAGCUCAAAGAGGAGGGCGAGGUGCAUGCCCACAAUGAAGAAGAAGUGGCCAAGGAGGACGAUGAUGCCAAGGACAUGGGCUUGUCGGAUCCUUAUAGCAGCUCAGUCUUCAACUGCCUAAAAGGGAUUUGGGAGUCCGGCAUUGGAGGGGAGGUCCUCAAGAUCGCCUUGGAUUCGGUGAAGUCGCGCAUCGAUCGGCCGUGCACCCGGAGCGCGAGAGUGGAGCUUCACUUGCACCUGGAAGGCGCCAUGCGCCUGGAGCCCCAAACACGGCGAACGCGGCAGCGGCGCGGUGUCGCUUGGUGGAGUCGGCGCUCAGGUGCUGAGACUCUCACGGAGUUAUGUUUCUUGAGAGAAACAGAGAAACAGCUGGACCAACAGGUCUUCCGGGUUUCAGCUAGGUUUGCCAGCUGCUACAUAGCGGUGUGUGAGUGCCUUCGGGAGAAGGCAGACCUCGAGCGCUUGGUGCUAGAGGUGGCUGAGGAUGCCUCAGCAUCAGGUGCCCUUUGGAUAGAGCCUGCGCUUUCAAUCGAUCUGUACGCGGACCAAUUUGGUGGUGUGGAAGCAACUUUGCAUCUCCUCUUCCAAGCAGCAGAAGCGGCAGAAGAGGCCACGCAAGUGGCGAUGGGAUUCAUCGUUGCAGCAGAGCGGCACCUUCCGGUUGCAAGAGCAGAGGCCUUGGCUAAGAAAGUCAGAGAUGUGGUGACAAGUGGAGCUGGAAUCCAUGGCCGUCCUGGAAUUCUUGGCUUCGGCUUGCACUCUGAUGAGGCUAACCAUCCGCCAGAACCUUUUGCAGAAGCCUUUCACCUUGCGUGCAGCGAUUUGGUGGUCCCAUUGCCACACGCAGGGGAGUUCGCCCCCACAGGAGGCGGAGCAAAAAGUGAUCCUUGGCAUCGGACAAUGCACAUGGGCUAUGUCACAGUAUGUGAAAAGAUGUGGCGAAAGCUCACUGAGUUCUCCCGCAGGGCAGUGAGGUUCUGCGUGGACCAUCUGAAGGCGGUCCGCAUUGCACAUGGAGUGCUGGCCGCUGAGGACCAAGAGCUCGUCGAGCAUUUGGCCAAGCUCCAAGUCUGCUUGGACGUGUGCCCCACCAGCAAUGAACUGCUUGGCGUGAUGCCCGUGACAGAGUCUGCUCUGACGAAGCUCCUUGCAGCUGGUGUGCCUUGCACCAUCAACUCGGAUGAUCCCUUGCUCUUUGGAUCCAGUCUGCUUGGAGAGUUUCGACGCUGCCGAGAUGAGUUAAAGAUGUCAGAUGAGCAGCUGGCAGCCUGUGCGGAUCUGAUCCAAGUGAUCGAAGAAAAGGAGAAUAUCGGUGUCCGACAGGUGCUUGGCCCAAUCGAGGGCCGACGCACCAAGUUGGUCAUUGGCGCAGCCUUGGAAAGUCUUGGUGGAAAGGGAACCAGCCGCCAAGUGAUCGAAUGGAUCGAACAACAUCCUGAAGAGUUGGAGAAGCUUCGUGAAGUUAAGCUGAACAAGCAUGUGCGUGACGGUCAUCGCCGGCCAGUGUGGCAUUCCACGGUGACCUCCAGCAUGCACCAUUUUCGCAAAGUUACCAGACCGGGGCAGCCGGUCCUGUACCUCGCGGAGAAUGCUGAAAUGCCCGAGGAGCUUCCAGCAAUCCAAGAUGCCGCACCAAAGCCACGUGCCUCGAGGGCCAAACGACCGGCUGAGAAGGCGGAGAAGGCCGCGCCGGAGAAGCCGAAGGCGAAGCCCAAACGAGCUCGAAAGGCCAAAGCGGUCGCGCCGGCGGCUGAACCUCCAGUCGAGCCGGUCGAACCGGCGGCUGAACCGCCCGUGCAGCCGCCCGGUCCACCCCGGGCGCCCGAGGCGUCGGGGCCUCAGGUCCGCGCCAAGCGCCAAGCGUGCCAAAAAGAACGACGAUCCACUGAGCAGCGCGCUCGAUGCAGCUCUUGCUGCUGCCAUGAUGGCGUAAACAGCCAAUGGCAUUGCCCAGAUUGGCCAGUUGCUGCAACUCUGAAGAUCCUAGAUUGA